UCGGCUGGCGGCGCCAUGCGGAAAGGGCCGGGUGCCGGGGCCCGGCGCGGCCGGGGAGGGGGCGGCCCGGAGCCCAGCGCCCGCCCGCGCCGCGCCCCCCCGCGCCUGCUCCUCCUCCUCCUGCUGCUGCUGCUGGCGGCCGGCGCCGGCCUGUACCUGGGCUGGGGGUCCGGGCCCGGCGGGGGGCAGCCGCGGGGCCCGCCCAGCGCGCAGCUUGGCCACAAGCCCCGGAGCCUCUCCAGUAGCCAGGUGAAGCGGCUGGCCUCCCUGGUGGACCUCCGGCGCCUCUGGAACUCCUUCCUGAAGCCCAUGCUGAUCGAGCGGUACCCGGGCAGCCCGGGGAACAGGAAGGUGCGGCAGUUCGUUGUGGAUAGCCUGGCCACGCUGACUGCGGGCUGGCGGGUAGAGCUGGACGCCUUCGAGGACCGGACCCCGCGGGGUGUCAUAGGCUUUGCCAAUGUGGUGGCCACGUUGGACCCCGCUGCCGGGCGGCGCUUGGUUCUGGCCUGCCACUAUGACUCCAAGUACUUCCCCCGCGACCGGCAGGGCCGCACCUUCCUGGGGGCCACCGACUCGGCCAUGCCCUGUGCCAUCCUGCUGGAACUGGCCACGGCCUUGGACGCGGAGCUGCUGAAGGCCAAGAAGCAGGGCUCCGAGGUGACGCUGCAGCUGCUGUUCCUGGAUGGCGAGGAGGCCUUCGGGGAGUGGAGUGAGAGGGAUUCCCUGUACGGGGCGCGCCACCUGGCUGAGCACAUGGCCAAGGCUCAGCACCAGCCGGGCACCAGCCAGCUCCAGGCUAUGAGCCUGUUUGUCUUGCUGGACCUGCUGGGGGCCCGCCACCCGACCAUCCAGAACCACUUCCCCCUCACCGCCUCCUGGUUCGACCGGCUCAUCGGCAUCGGGAGCUCUGUUGUGAGCGGCCAGGUGUGGCCCCCUGUCGGGCUCGUCCCGCUGCGCCCCCAGCCUGGCAGGUCCCAGGAACCAGCCCAUUCCUCACCCUCUGCUCUGUGUCGCCCAGAGAAGCGUCUGCACCGGCUGGGCCUGCUGCAGUCCCACCCCCGAGAGCAGAUGUACUUCCAGCGGGAGCCUGCCUAUGGGCCUAUCGAAGAUGACCACGUCCCCUUCCUUCGCAAAGGAGUGCCGGUGCUGCACCUCAUCGCCACCCCCUUCCCGUGGGUCUGGCACACGAUGGAGGACACGGAGCAGAACCUGCACCCCCCGACCGUGGAGAACCUCUGCAAGAUCCUGGCUGCCUUCCUGGCUGAGUACCUGUGGCUGUGACUGCCCAGAGCCUCUCCUGGUGAGGGGACCAACCCCUCCCUGGGCCUCGCAGGAUCCUUCGCCCCUCCUGGGCCGAGCUCCAUGGGGCCAGCGGCCAAAACACCCUAGGGACCAGGCAAGGUGGCUUGGGGGGCCUGGGCUGUGGCAGCGCCGCAGGGGCUUGGGGAGGUGUUACAAUGCUGGGAGGAUGGGAAGGGAGAUUGUGCUGAGUCUGUUCCGGGGCUGUGGCCGGCCCAGGAGUGAAACCUCUUGCUUGAGCCCCUUGAGGUUGGGCCUUCCUGGGCUUUACACGCCCUCCAGAGCUCUAGCCGCUGGGGCCUGGAAUAGCCUCUUCCCAGUGCGGGACCUGGAUCCCAGCUGGUCGCGUCCCCCGGGGUCCACGGCUCAGAAGCAGGAAUAACUGGGCUGAACCUGGGCUGUGCCAGGGGCAGGACACCAGGGGCUGUGGGGGGGCCAGACCUGCACUCUCGGCAGCGCGGCCUCCAGCUGCAGGCCCACCAGGGGUUGCUCCUGUUUACAGGGCCCAUCCAGCCCUGGGGUGCCGGGCUCCCAGCCUUGCUCGGGGGCUGCUCCACAGCGACUCUCGUAACAAAGAGCUGCCCCAUCAGUGCUGCUGCCCCCUUCCCAUAGCGCCCCCACAUGCUGGGCAGCCCUGGGCACUGUGGGGCUGGGACACUGCUCCUGGCAUGGCUGUUCCCUCCACUCCGGCUCCCUCCCGCCGGUCGCCAGCCGCAGCCCCAGCUCCCAUCACCGGGAGCAAACCCCAGCUCCCCUCCCCUUCCUGCUGGGCCUGUCUGUGUGUGACCCAUGCGGAACCAGCGCCCCCUUGGUUUCUCUCCCCCUCCUCCCUCUGGAUUGAGAGGCAGCACAGCCUAGCGGGCAGAGCACUUGACUGCACCCAUGGGAUCUGUUCCACGCUCUGCCACUAACUGGCCCUGUGAGUUUGGGUAAAACCCUUUUCCCCUCCCUGUGCCUCAGUUUCCCCUCCCAUCCUUUGUCUAAUUAGACUGUGAGCUCUUUAGGGCAGGGACUGUCUGUCUCAUGUUCUGUGUGUAUAGCACCUAGCCCAAGGGGGCCUCUUAGCGCUAAUCUGACAGACCAUAAUCACACCCUCUCAGCUCGCCCAGCCCAGCCCAGCGGCAGGGUGGUGGUGGUUAUGGUUUAACAGGAGAUGAAAUGAUUCCCGGCGCUUCAACUUUGCAUGUGCUAGAAGCUGGUUUAUUGUCACUGCUCAGUAGCUCCCAAGCAAAGCAAGCGCUAAGCCGUGGGGUGCUGGUUAAAGGCAAAUUGCACUUGAACUAAAAACCCCUUUGUGGGACUCUGCGACCCACCCGACGGGUACUUCCCAGGCACCUGCUGUGUGAAGAUCCAAACACUUUGCCCCCCUCGGUGAGAGAGGCUCGUGGGAACGGACUGUCGGGGCGAAAGGGGCGAGGGCUGAAAGCUUUGAGAGCCAGACCCUGCGGGGGCCAGGCAGAGCCGAGUGUCGGGGCUCAGGGACACUUGGGUUCCCUUUGUGGGGGGUUAACUAGCGGCCGGUUUCUGGGGGAUUCCAGAUGAAAUCUUCACUGCAGAGCUUGGGGGGGCUGGGGGCAGAGGUGGAUUUGACUCUGGGACUGAGAAUUGCUCGGACGUUUCACACGGGAAUGGAGGCGACGUUUCCUGAGCUGCCCAGGGAUUGGCAGGGCCGUCGCCACAGAGCUCAGCUGAGGCUUGGCCCCACCCCCCUGGACGCUGUAAGACCCUGGGCCUGGCUGUGUGGGGACCCAGGCUAAGCUGACAUGCCCGUUGCGGACGGGAGCGAGGGGCUAGGCCUGGCAUCUGCCGAAGGAAGCAGCCUGGGGGAGGCAGGUGGCUCCCAGGUGCUAUUAGAAAUCUGAGCCCCGGGGGAGGGCAGCAGAGCCCAGGGGAGACGGGAGCGUAACCCCAACUCUCAGAGCCCUGCUCUCCGGGCCCUAGGAGGCAGCAGGUGGGCGAGAAGCGGCAGGCUGCCCCCUGCUGGGGGGUGGAGGUGCUGCUCGAGCAGGCAGAAGCUGUGGGCGGGGUCAGCGAUGGGUGCAGGGGCUGCCCCGAGGCUGCAGGGACUCAGGCUUCAAACUCAGGCCACUGGCUUAUGGCCUCGUAGAGGGCGUCCCCGGGGCAUUGGGUUGACGUCACGUCGCGAUGCCCCUUCAGGGUGUAGCUUUCACUCAGGAAGCCCCUGGAGACAGCACAUUGGAUCAGGCUCUUGGCAACCGUCAGGGUGGUGUUGUCAGGGGCUGUUUCUGCAGGACACCAGCAGCCCCCUGUUAAUUUCACACACGCCCCUGGCCCCUCUCUGCUGCUCAGGGGAUGUGAAUGUGGCCUGAGUAAAUAAACACUCUCUAGCCACGUU